AUGAAGAAAUACAACUUCUUUUUCGCUGAAGGCAGUAAAGUCAAUCAAUUGUUAUGUGUUGUGCUUAUCAACAUCCCGGUGUUCUCGUAUGGGGCGAGCAUCGGAUGGAUGUCGCCAAUGAGUGUACUGCUGCAGUCGGAACACUCACCCAGACAACCGCCCUUGACUGAUAUACAGAUUUCAUGGAUGGGAUCUGUUCCAUACUUAGUUUGUAUUGUGACUGAUUGUUUAAUGGGAUAUGCGGCGGACAAAUUCGGACGUAAACUAGCGAUGAUUUUUGCAUCGGCUAUGGCAGCAGGUUGCUGGAUAGUAAAAUUAUCGUCAAUGGAGUUCUGGGCAUUUGUUCUAGCAAGAGCUAUGGUCGGAUUUCCAAUGGCCGGUGCAUACGUCACAUGUCCUAUGUAUACCAAGGAAAUUAGUGAAGACAGUAUCAGAGGAUCAUUGGGAUCUUUAGUAAUUUUAUUUCACACGACAGGAAAUCUCUUCGUUUACAUAAUUGGCGAUGUAUUCAACUAUAACACUGUUCUCUGGAUUUGUAUGGCGUUGCCAACUAUUCAUAUUGUAUUAUUCAUGAUGAUGCCGGAAUCGCCGUCGUACUUGGUCAAAACUGGAAAGAUAGAUGAAGCAGUAAGAGUUCUAGCGUGGCUACGAUGUAGAGAAGAAGAAGACAUUGUUAUUAAACAGGAGUUGGAGAGAAUUAGACAAGAAUUAAGAAAUGAUGAGGAAAGUAGCCAAUCUGUACUUAAAGCUAUAUUGACAGAUAAAAUACUGUUCAGAACGUACCGCAUAGUCAUGGUGAUUUGUCUUGCUAGAGAAGUAUGUGGAGCUGUGCCGGUACUCAAUUUUGCUGGGGACAUCUUCUCCAUGUCUUCUAAAGGAACAGGACUAGUGUUAAGUCCAAAUCAACAAGCUAUGGUUUUGGGAGCGGUGCAAGUUGCUGGAUCCAGUUUCGCUUCCAGUAUUGUUGAAAGAUCUGGUAGAAAGCCUCUCCUCUUCAUCACAUCACUCGUCUCUGGUCUCAGUAUGUGCACACUGGCCUCGUGGUUUGUCGCUCGUGACUUUGGUCUUCUAGCACCAGCAUGGCUGCCAGUAGUAACGUUAUGUGUUUGCAUAUUUUGUGACUCGUCGGGUUUGCAACCAAUAUCUGUUAUACUUAAUGGAGAAAUGUUUUCAUUUAAGUAUCGGGGCACCAUAAUGGCGACGACAAUGGCAGCAGCAUCUGUGGUUGCUUUCCUUCAAAUGCUAUUCUUCAAACCGUUGGCCAAUUCCAUGGGAAUACACGUAUCGUUCUACUUUUUCGGAAUCAUAUGUUUGCUCGCUGCUAUUUAUGUAAUCCUGGUACUUCCAGAAACAAAAAUGAGGAGCGUUGAAGAAAUUCAGAACCAAUUGAAGACUAAAAAGGAAAAAGAAUUAGAGAGAAAAAUGAUAGAAGAGAAUAAAGAGAUUUGUUGA